CUAAUGCAUUAUUAUUAUAUCUACUACCUAUUAGAUAAAUAGCCUCGUAAGUAGUUCCAUUCAUUACGCGACGUUAUCAGAUCUGUGUCAGUGUGACAUUUAGUGUUGAUGACGCCAGUUCUGUGUUAAAACAAUGGACGACAAAACAACCAAUGUGCCAUGCGAUUGUGAUACCACAUUUCCGUGUUCUACAAGUACGGAAAAGCACUAUGACAACUGUAUCUCCAAAUGGCAAGGACCUCGCGAGAAAUAUCCAAGAGAUGUAGACGGCAACAUACGUCUUCAGAAUGACAACUUGUUAUCACUUGAGAACGAUGUGCUGUACCAUCUCGGUAUGGACACACAGAACUAUGAUCUGCCUGCCCUGUUUGGUGACGUUAAGUUCGUCUGCAUGGGUGGCACUAAGUAUCGGAUGCGGGAAUUUGCUGACUACAUGAGAGGGAUCCUCGACUUGCCACGCGACACCAAGCUGGUCAACCUGACUAAACAUUCUCAUCGCUAUGCUAUGUACAAGGCCGGACCGGUGCUGUCGAUCAGUCACGGCAUCGGUAUACCGUCCAUGACGAUUCUUCUCCAAGAAGUGAUCAAGCUGAUGUACUACGCGAGGGUCAGGGACCCUAUAUUCUUCAGGAUUGGGACCAGCGGAGGUCUGCAGAUACCACCAGGGUCUGUAGUCGUGUCCUCGUGGUGUCUCAAUGGAACCCUGGAGAAAACCUACGACAUUCCAGUAUUGGGCAAGAUGCGGCACAUUCCAGCAUACUUCGACAAGAGGUUGGCUCAAGAGGUGUCGUCUGCGGCGGGGUUGGACGGUUUUCAGGCCUAUAUUGGAGGAACUUUGGCCGCCGAUGACUUUUAUAGAGGCCAAGCCCGCCUCGACGGUCCGUUCUGCGAUUACACCGAGGAAGACAAGAUGAGUUUUCUCAAGAAGCUGGCUGGUUUAGGAGUGAAGAACAUUGAAAUGGAAGCAACAGCGUUCGCUGCGUACACCAGGGAGGCAGGAGUGAGAGCCAGCGACGUGUGUGUCACAUUGGUGAAUAGGCUAGAAGGAGACCAGGUCACACCAAGUAAAGCGACACUGCUGGAAUGGCAACAACGCCCCAUGUUAGUCGUUGGAAAAUACAUAAAAAAAUACCUUUCCUAUCAAAAUAAAUAAUGGAAAUAUCUAUACAAAAAAUUCUGACUACAGAAACUGGCAGAUGUAACUUAAAAUAAAAUUAAACGGUGUGUACAGGAAUCAGCAUCAAUGUGUCUUGCGAAAUCAUCGACCAAGGGUUGCGGUAUUUGUAGCGCUAAAAUUAGAAACACUUCCAGAAUACACCCACACAAUGUUAUUACAAACUCCCAAUCUCCUUCGAGAACUUUUUUUUUAAUUCACGCAAUAAAACCUUUUAAUUAAGCCUCCAUGGUCCAAUGAUUGACCAUUCCUGGUCCCGGGUUCGAAUCCCGGUGGGGAAACAUCACAAUAUAACACUUCGUAAUCCCUAGUUUGGUUAGGACAUUGUAAGCUUAUCACCAGAUUGUCAGAAAGACAGAUGAUCUGUGAUUCUGAGUGCACGUUAAGUCGGUUCCGGCUACUGUUAACUUAAGAACGACCUCCGUAGUCCAGUGGUUGAGCGUUGGGAGGUCCCGGGUUCGAUUCCCGGUGGGGACAUAUCACAAAAAUUACUUUAUAGUCCCUAGUUUGGUUAGGACAUUACAAGCUGAUCACCAGAUUGUCCGAAAGUAAGAUGAUCCGUGCUUCGGAAGGCACGUUAAGCCGUUGGUCCCGGUUACUACUUACUGAUGUAAAUAAGUAGUCGUUACCAUAAGCCAUGUCAGGGGCUUUUGACGGCUCAAUAGUAACCCUGACACCAGCGGUGAUGAGGUUGGUACUCCCCCUCACAACCCACACGAUAGAAGAAGACUGUUAAAUUAAGUAAGUAAGUAGCUAGACGUUACAAUGAGCCAUGUCAGAGGCCUUUGGCGGCUCAGCAGUAACCAUGACACUGGGGUUGAUGAGGUUGGUCCUUGGUCUCACAACCCACACGAGAGAAGAAGUUAAUUGAACUGAACUACAAAAGGCAGCUGCAGCACUAAUAUUCACAAGCGUAAAGCGAAUGAGCGUCCUACGCAACCUGAAGUCCACUUUUACACCGGCUGCACCAAACGCAGCGAUUGAUGUUUUAGAGAAAAGCCAGUCGAUGACAAUCACGUUACCUUCGACGUAAGUCAGUCCCAUACAUUUUUGUGUUAUGACACUGUCGCUUUUCCUAAAUGGGUAAGCCCCAGGUCGAACGUUUAAUUACGUUGUCUUACACCGCAAAUGUUUAGCCUCAUGUAAGUGUCCAAUUCCUGAUGUAACAGUUAUUUUAAUUAAUAUUUUAUUAUAAUAUUAUAAGCUGUUGGUGUAACUUUUAUAAAUAAAUAAAUAAACGUCUAA